AUGUCACCUGCAUUUGCCUCUCCGGGGCCCCAAAGGAAAUGUUACACUAAUACAACACUUGUGGAUUUAGAACACAUUGUGGAAACUAGUCAGUUGCUAAAUGUAUUGCUGAAGCUGAGAAUGUACUUAUCAUGGAGGGGGCAAAAGCCAAAUCUGGUUUCUUGUUCCAAGGUUAUUGAUAUUCUGUGGAGUGAUCCCAGAGGCAAAAAAGGCUGUUUUCCAAAUACGGGUCGAGGAGGGGGCUGCUAUUUUGGACCAGAUGUUACUUCCAAGAUUCUUAAUAAAUUCCAGUUGAAGAUGAUCAUCAGGUCUCAUGAAUGUAAGCCCGAAGGGUAUGAAAUCUGUCAUGGUGGGAAGGUUGUGACUAUAUUUUCUGCUUCUAAUUAUUACGAAGAAGACAGCAAUCGAGGAGCUUACGUCAAACUAUGUUCUGGUACAAAUCCUCGAUUUUUCCAGUACCAAGUAACUGAUGCAACGUGCUUUCAACCUCUUCACCAAAGAGUGAGUACUAUGGAAAACAGUGCCAUCAAGAUAUUAAGAGAGAGAAUGAUUUCACGAAAAACUGACCUCAUUCAUGCUUUCCAACAUCAAGACCGCAGAAAAUCAGGAAAACUUCCUGUGAGCCAGUGGGCUUUUUGCAUGGAGAGCAUUUUGGGACUGAACUUACCGUGGAGAUCCCUGAGUUCGAAUCUGGUAAUCAUAGACCAAAAUGGAAACGUUGAAUACAUGUCCAGCUUCCGGAAUAUCCACAUUGAAAAACCUAUAAAAGAGGCUAAUUCUGCUCUAGUUGAAACUCUGUACAGAUACCGAUCUGACCUGGAAAUCAUAUUUAAUGCCAUUGACUCUGAUCACUCAGGGUUGAUCUCCAUGGAAGAAUUUCAUGCCAUGUGGAAACUUUUUAGUUCUCACUACAAUCUUCAUAUUGAUAAUUCCCAAGUCAAUAAGAUUGCCAACAUGAUGGACCUGAACAGAGACGGAAGCAUUGACUUUACUGAGUUUUUAAAGGCUUUCUAUGUAGUACAUAAAUAUGAGACAAUGGUGAAACCUGAAGCCACCAACCUUGCUGAACAACACAAAUCAGAGCUUCCCUCAGGCCCGUUGUAAACAGCUGGGCCGAAAUCACAAGCACAGUCCUUUCCAGCACCCCUGAAAUUCAUAGUUGGUAGCAGAGAAAAACAGAUCCCAAUUCAGUCCACAAGCAGAUGCAUAGUAUGGGUUUUGGAAGUCCUUGGCAAGCUGCUAUUGAUAAGAUUAGGUUAAAUGUCAGUAAUAGGAUUUAGGUCCAGCAUUAGUACCCACAUAUUGCCAGUGAGAAACUGGGUUUGAACCUAGUGUUGUUCUCCUGAGUGCCACCUAACCAGCAGCCCAGAGAGGUUUGAGAACAUCUUGAAAGGAACCCGCACAGCAUAAGAGAAAACUACUAAGCGCAACAUCUGUGAGUUACAGAGAGAGAGGGGAGGAAUACCAGGUCGUUAAUGGAAUAAAGCAUUUCCAUCUUAAACUGUGA